AUGCGCUUCUCUCUGCUCCUCGCCUUGUUCCCCUUGGCCCUCGCGGCCCCCUCCAAGCGCGCUACGCCCGCGCCUCUCCAUGUCCCGCGUAGCACCGGCAGCAACUUGAUUGAGGGCAAGUAUAUCGUCAAGAUGUACGACAAUGCCGUGGCAGACUCUCUCCGCACCCUCCACUCCUCCAUGGCCGCCGAGCCCGACCACAUCUAUACCGCCCCUGGCUUCAAGGGCUUCGCGAGUGCCCUCACAGCUGAGGAGGUCGAGACUCUGCAGAACCACCCUGAUGUCGAAUUCAUCGAACAGGACUCCAUCGUGAGCAUCAACGCGUACGUUACGCAAUCUGGCUCAACCUGGGGCUUGGCCCGCAUCUCCCACAAGAGCCGGACUGCGACUGGCUACGUCUACGACAGCUCUGCCGGCAGUGGAACCUGUUCUUACAUCGUUGACACCGGCAUCUACACCGCACACUCAGAAUUCGAGGGCCGCGCCACCUGGCUGGCCAAUUUCGCAGACAGCUCCAACUCAGACGGCAACGGCCACGGCACCCAUGUCGCCGGCACCGUGGGCUCCAAGACAUACGGUGUGGCGAAGGCCACGAAGCUGUACGCCGUCAAGGUGCUGAACGCAGGCGGAUCCGGCACGACCUCGGGCGUCGUGGCGGGCAUGAACUUCGUGACCUCGGACGUCGCCACCCGGAGCUGUCCCGCCGGCGCCGUCGCCAAUAUGUCGCUGGGCGGCAGCUCCUCGACGGCCAUCAACUCGGCCGCCCGCGCCAUGAUCGCCGCUAACGUCUUCCUUGCCGUCGCAGCCGGAAACAGCAACACCGACGCCGCCUCGACCUCGCCCGCCGGCGAGUCCCAGGUGUGCACUGUCGGGGCCACGACAUCGUCCGACGCGCGCGCCUCCUUCUCCAACUACGGCUCUGUCGUCGACGUCUUCGCUCCCGGCCAGGAUGUCCUGUCGACCUGGAACAGCGGUGGCACUAACACCAUCUCCGGCACAUCCAUGGCCUCCCCCCACAUCGCCGGUCUCGGCGCCUACCUGUUGGCCCUCGAGGGCUUCAAGGCCCCUCAGACCCUCUGCUCCUAUAUUGCCUCCAUCGGCACCUCUGGCGCUCUCAGCGGCGUCCCCAGCAGCACCGUGAACAAACUCGCGUUCAACGGCAAUCCCAGCGGCUAAGCGUUCUUGAGCGAUGAAUCUGAGUUAUCGCUAUUUGGAAACGAAGUACUGCCCUGGGGGGUUGGCAUAAUGAUGCUGGUCUUGUUGGAAUGGUUCUUAGGAGCUUGAUGGGUAAACUGCAUUGACGGCUUGGGAGGGCGGCUUGCCUUGCUUCUUACCCUGGGUAUUCUUGGUUCAUAUUGUGGUUAGUCGACUACUGGGAGAUACCAAUAGCUAUAGGAUAUAAUACACCCCUACUACAACGUAACGAUAUGUGUUAAUCUGUACUUAAG